AAGCUCUCGCCAGAGGGCCAGCUCCAUUGAGCUCUCUUUCCACCCCCCCUUUGAAGCUCGCACACCUCCCUCACUUCCCACUUUAAGUGGCUGCUCUUCAUGAGCGACCCCACUGGGAGAGAGCCGACUGGCCGAAGACUGGCCGAAGACUGGCACAAAGAGGAUCCACAGAGAAGCGGCAUUGAAUCAAAGCUAAAGUUGUUCCGCCGGCCCGGCCAACCUGUUACCAUGGCUAGCACAACAACUACAACCACAGUGGGAAACGAGGCAAAGCCACAGAAGAAAGAGCAGCGAAAACAACUAUUAUAGCGGCUAUAACAAUACCAAUAAAUGGUGGGGAGACGAUCCGCAGCCUCGGCUCCGAUCCGAUCCGAUCCGUCAGUCUCUGAGCAAGCGUUCAAGGCGAAGGUUGUUUUGUCAGUGUGGAUACCCGAGAAUUGCGCUGCGUUCCAUUCCGUACCAUCCCAUACCAAAACGCUCACCGAAGCUAGUCCAAAGUGCAGGCCAGAAGCAGUUGCAGCAGACUUAUAGAUCAGUUCGGACCUAAACAGGAUGGGUUUCGUCUUCGGUUGGUUGCCAACCGAGCACUAUGUCCGCGACAUCUUUCUCCUGACACUGUCGGCGGCCAUUGCGGCCACCCUGAUGAGCAUUCGCUUCUACUUGCGCAUUACGGCGGGACGUUGUUUCACCGAGACAAAAAUGGAGGGCAAGACCGUUAUCAUUACUGGCGCCAACAGCGGCAUUGGCAAAGAGACGGCCAAGGAUUUGGCUGGUCGUGGCGCACGCAUCAUUAUGGCCUGCAGGAAUCUGGAGACGGCAAAUGCCGUCAAGGAUGAAAUUGUCAAGGAGACGAACAACAGCAAGAUCGUGGUGAAGAAGCUGGAUCUGGGCUCGCAGAAGUCGGUGCGCGAGUUCGCCGCGGAUAUCGUGAAGACGGAGCCCAAGAUCGAUGUGCUCAUCCAUAACGCGGGCAUGGCACUGGCCUUCCGCGGCCAGACCAGCGAGGAUGGCGUCGAGCUGACCAUGGCCACCAAUCACUACGGGCCCUUCCUGCUGACGCACCUCCUCAUCGAUGUUCUGAAGAAGAGCGCCCCAGCGCGCAUUGUCAUCGUGGCCUCGGAGCUGUACCGCCUGUCCUCGGUGAACCUGAACAAGCUGAAUCCCGUGGGCAGCUUCCCCGCCGCCUAUCUCUACUAUGUGUCCAAGUUCGCCAACAUUUACUUUGCCCGCGAGCUGGCCAAGCGGCUGGAGGGCACUCGGGUGACCGUGAACUUCUUGCAUCCGGGCAUGAUCGAUUCGGGCAUCUGGCGCAACGUGCCGUUCCCCCUCAGCCUGCCAAUGAUGGCCAUCACGAAGGGCUUUUUCAAGACCACCAAGGCUGGUGCCCAGACCACCAUCUAUCUGGCCACAUCCGAUGAGGUGGCUAACGCAAACGGCAAGUACUACAUGGACUGCAAGGAGGCCACGCUCAAUGCCGCCGCCCUCGACGAGGAGAAGGGCCGCAAGAUCUGGGAGGAGUCCCUCAAGAUCGCCAAGCUCACGCCCCAGGAUCCCAAGAUCUAAGCUGGCACGGGCCUCUGGCUCCAGCCUCUGCGUAUGCUAAUGCACAGCAACCAGCAAUAGAUUAUUUUCUCAUAUGCAUAUAUGACCAUAACCAUCCAACUGAUUUGAUUUCUUUGUAAUUAAGGGGGAGUUAACUGUAGCCUAAGAUUUUCAUUUAAAUAAAUAAAUAAAGUUUUGUAAAAA